AUGGGUGGGGAUUGCCUUAACCGUGGUUGUGUACCCUCGAAAGCAAUACUAUCACUCAGUAAGCUUGCCAAAGUAUACAAAGAAGCAAGUGCUCUUGGAAUAAAAUACGCGCCACCGCAAAUACAGUUUUCUAAAGUUAUGAAUAAGGUAAAAGAAGCUAUUAAAAAUGUUGCACCCCACGAUAGCGUUGAGCGUUAUACGCAGUUGGGAGUAGAAUGCAUAGAAGGAGAUGCUUCGCUCCUCUCUCCCUGGGAAGUAAAGGUGGGUGAUCGUGUUAUCAAAACUCGCAAUAUAGUCCUUGCAACUGGGGGUAGCCCUGUGUAUCUAGACAUACCUGGCAUAGACACUGUGCAGCAGUACAGCUCGGAUACUAUUUGGGACCUCAAAGCUCUUCCUCCCGAACUCCUUGUUGUGGGUGGUGGCCCUAUAGGGUCAGAGCUGGCGCUUGCAUUUUCCCGCCUAGGAAGCAAGGUAAGUAUUGUACAACGUUCUUCACAGCUCCUUCCAAAAGAAGAUUAUGAUGUAGGGAAACUUGCUCUGAGCACACUAACAAAAGAGGGUAUUCAGGUUCUCUGCGGUGCGAGACCUGUAAAGGUGGCAAAGAAAGGGAAAACGCACACAGCCACUAUUCUGCUAAGUAAUGGUACUAAAAAACAGUUAAGCUUUACCCAUAUGCUUGUUGCAGCUGGACGUAAGGCUGCCACCGAUUCUCUUCGUUCUCAAUCGCUGGAGUUUGAAUACAACGACAAUGAAACACUCAAAACAAACAAGUACUUACAAACACGGUACCCUAAUAUAUACGCUGUUGGAGAUCUUACUGGUCCAUAUCAAUUUACCCACAUGGCUGGUCAUAUGGGAUGGUACGCCGUUGUGAAUGCCCUGUUUUCUUCACUACUCAAAUUUCCUAUCGACUACUCUAACGUACCGUUUAUAACAUAUUUAAGUCCAGAAUUUGCACGUGUAGGAUUAAACGAAAAAGAAGCAAAAGUAGCGGGGAUUCCGUAUGAGGUGUACACAUAUGAUAUGAAAGAAUCGGAUAGAGCCAUUGCAGAACGUAGAACUGAAGGGUAUAUAAAAGUGCUUACAGUCCCCAAAAAGGACACAAUACUCGGAGCAAGCAUUAUAUCUGAACGUGCAGGAGAAAUGCUCGGGGAGUUGCUUAUUGCAAAGAAAUACAAAAUUGGUCUCAAUAAGAUACUUGGGGUUAUACAUCCCUAUCCAAGUUAUGGCGAGGCAAUAAAAUCAGUAGCGGGGGUAUGGAAAAAAAGCAAUGCGCCUACUAAAGCGUUGGAUUAUCUCGAAAAACAUUUCAAAAAGCGCUUAGGGAAGAAAACACAGCAGUAG